GAUUCAAUUUGCUGCUGGUACUCGGGCGCUUCGGUUGUGCGAGCGGUUUCGUGCGCUGCCUUACGUUACGUUGCGUUACGUUCGUUUCGUCGAAUUUCGCAUGUUAAACGGAAAAUUUGUAGUUCGUAUCGUCGGCAGCGCGAAUUGUCGUGCGUAACGGGCGAACGUCAUUGGCUGCACGCGGUUUCCGGUUUCCGGUUCGUAGCGCCAUGGCUUAGAAUAAACAAAUUAUAAAAACGAGUGAAAUAUAAGUGAAAAAUCGAGCAAAGUGAAACGACAAAAAUCUAAGAAAUAGUGAAUUCUAUAGAAGUUAGAAAAACAACCCGAAAAAUUCUUGACAAAAUGCAUUCAAAUGAAAUGUGUGCUCACGCAUUUGGCUUACAGAAUAAAAAUAAAAUCAAAAAGAUCAAACAGUCAGAGGAGGAAAAUAGAAACAAUCAAAAUGUCGCCAGAACGUCGCCGACGCAUCUAAAAUUAGAGAGCGCAAAGAUGCGUCAGUUUGUUGCAUUGUUGCAACUGCUGCAACCGCUGCUGCUCGUUUUGGCUGGAUUAAAUGGAUUAACACUAGUUGCCGCACUCAAGGGUGAAAAUCCACAUAUCAUCGAACAUCCCAUGGAUACUACGGUCCCCAAGAAUGAUCCAUUCACGUUCAAUUGCAAAGCCGAGGGCAAUCCACCUCCAACGAUUCAUUGGUUCAAGGAUGGACGCGAACUGAAGACGGACGCGGGCUCACAUCGCAUAAUGCUACCCGCGGGCGGUCUAUUCUUUCUGAAGGUCAUACACUCGCGGAGGGAGAGCGAUGCGGGCACGUACUGGUGCCAGGCGAAGAACGAAUUGGGCGUCGCACGUUCCAGAAAUGCAACAUUGCAAGUAGCAUUUCUGCGCGAUGAAUUUCGACUGGAACCGCAAAACACACGAGUGGCCCAGGGCGAGGUAGCGCUGAUGGAAUGUGGUGCACCGCGUGGCUCACCGGAACCGCAAAUCUCCUGGCGCAAGAACGGACAGACUUUGAACCUGAAUGGCAACGGCGCCAACAAGCGGAUCCGCAUCGUCGAUGGCGGUAAUCUGGCCAUACAGGACGCCCGUCAGUCGGAUGACGGAAGGUAUCAGUGUGUGGUCAAGAACAUCGUGGGCACUCGCGAGUCGAGCACCGCCUUCCUCAAGGUGCACGUUCGUCCCUUUCUCAUACGCGGACCACAGAAUCAGACGGCUGUGGUGGGCAGCUCCGUUGUUUUCCAGUGUCGCAUCGGCGGCGAUCCCUUGCCGGAUGUUCUCUGGCGUCGCACAGCCUCCGGCGGCAACAUGCCUCUACGCCGUGUGCACAUACUUGAGGACCGCAGUCUGAAGCUGGACGACGUCACGCUCGAGGACAUGGGCGAAUACAGCUGCGAGGCGGACAAUGCGGUCGGCUCAAUUACAGCCACGGGCAUACUCACUGUGCACGCUCCGCCCAAGUUCAUUACACGGCCCAAGAACCAGCUGGUCGAGAUCGGCGAUGAAGUGCUGUUCGAGUGCCAGGCCAGCGGUCAUCCUCGGCCCACACUGUACUGGUCCGUCGAGGGCAACAGCUCGCUGCUGCUGCCCGGCUAUCGAGACGGUCGCCUGGAGGUCAGCCUCACGCCCGAAGGUCGCUCGGUGCUCUCGAUAGCGCGCUUUGCCCGCGAGGACUCCGGCAAGGUGGUCGUCUGCAAUGCCCUGAAUGCCGUCGGUAGCGUUAGCAGCCGCACCGUUGUCACGGUGGACACACAGUUCGAGCUGCCUCCACCCAUCAUUGAGCAGGGUCCGGUGAAUCAGACGCUGCCCGUCAAGUCGAUUGUGGUGCUGCCCUGCCGCACGCUGGGCACACCGGCUCCACAGAUUUCCUGGUACCUGGACGGCAUACCCAUCGAUGUGCAGGAGCACGAGCGUCGCAAUCUGUCCGAGUCCGGCACAUUGACCAUUUCGGACUUGCAGCGCCACGAGGACGAGGGCCUGUACACCUGCGUGGCCACCAAUCGCAAUGGCAAGUCAUCGUGGAGCGGCUACCUGCGCCUGGACACGCCCACCAAUCCGAACAUCAAGUUCUAUCGCGCCCCCGAGCUAUCCACCUAUCCGGGUCCGCCCGGCAAGCCGCAGCUGGUGGAGAAGACCGACGAUUCGGUCACCCUCAGCUGGACGCGCAGCAACAAGGUGGGCGCCUCCAGCCUGGUGGGGUACGUCGUCGAGAUGUUCGGCAAGAACGAGACGGAUGGCUGGGUGGCCGUGGGCACACGCAUACAGAAUACGACGUACACCCAACUGGGCCUCGUGGCGGGCGUGAACUACUUCUUCCUGAUACGCGCAGAGAACUCGCACGGUCUAUCGCUGCCUAGUCCCAUGUCGGAACCCAUCGCAGUGGGCACGCGGUAUUUCAACAGCGGCUUAGAUCUCAGCGAGGCACGCGCCAGCCUACUGUCCGGCGAUGUGGUGGAGCUGACCAAUGCGAGCGUUGUGGACUCUACCAGCAUGAAACUCACUUGGCAGAUCAUCAAUGGCAAAUACGUCGAGGGCUUCUACAUCUAUGCGCGCCAGCUACCGAAUCCAAUAACAAACAUGCUCACGGCCAAUACCAAUCCACUGCUAGCCUCCACGUCCGCAUCGGUGUCGGCCUCAGCGUCGGCUUUGAUUUCGACAAAACCAAAUAUUGCCGCUGCCGGCAAACGUGAUGCCAUGGAUGGCCCGGAGUCACAGACGCCGAGCCAAAUCCAAAUCCAAAGCGCGUACAGCACCAAAUAUCGCAUGCUCACCAUAUUGAAUGGUGGCGGUGCCUCGUCCUGUACGAUGACGGGACUCGUGCAGUAUACGCUCUAUGAAUUUUUCAUGGUGCCAUUUUACAAGUCAGUCGAGGGCAAGCCGUCGAAUUCGCGCCUUGCCCGUACCCUCGAAGAUGUGCCCAACGAGGCGCCAUUUGGCAUGGAGGCCAUACUGCUUAAUGCCUCUGCGGUCUUCUUGAAGUGGAAGGCGCCCCAGCUGAAGGAGGAGCAUGGUGUUUUGCUCUACUAUCACGUUAUUGUGCGCGGCAUCGAUACGGCUCACAAUUUCUCGCGCAUUUUGACAAAUGUGACCAUCGAUGCUGCCUCGCCCACUUUGGUGCUGGCCAAUUUGACGGAGGGCGUCAUGUAUACGGUGGGCGUGGCAGCGGGCAAUAAUGCUGGCAUUGGACCGUAUUGUGUGCCAGCGACAUUGCGACUGGAUCCCAUAACGAAGCGACUCGAUCCGUUUAUCAAUCAGCGCUAUCCCAUCAAUCAGGAUCAUGUGAACGAUGUGCUGACGCAGCCUUGGUUCAUAAUACUGCUGGGCGCCAUAUUGGCCAUCAUGAUGUUGUCCUUCGGGGCCAUGGUGUUUGUGAAGCGCAAGCACAUGAUGAUGAAGCAGUCGGCACUAAAUACCAUGCGAGGCAAUCACACGAGUGACGUGCUUAAAAUGCCGAGCCUAUCGACGCGCAAUGGCAACGGCUACUGGCUGGAUGCCUCCACGGGGGGCAUGGUCUGGCGCACUUCGCCCAGUGGCGAUACCCUCGACAUGCAGAAGGAUCACAUAGCGGACUAUGCGCCAGUCUGUGGUGCCAGUGGUGCCGGCUCUGGCGGCGCCACCACCAGCAGCGGCAACACAGGCGGCAUCGAUGAUAUUCAUGGACAUGCCGGCGAACGCAAUCAUCAGCGCUACGUGGGCGAAUACUCGAAUAUUCCCACCGACUAUGCGGAGGUGUCCAGCUUUGGCAAGGCGCCCAGCGAGUAUGGACGUCACGGCAAUGCCUCACCCGCACCCUACGCCACCUCCGUCAUACUCAAUCCCGGCCAGCAGCAACAGCAGCAGCAGCAGCAGCCUCGUUAUCAGCAGCGUCCAGGCCCGAGCUCCUAUGGCAUGCAGCGACCCAUGCAUCCGCAUUACCAACAGCAGCAACAGCAACAGCAGCAGCAACAGUUGCAGCUGCAGCCGCACUCCAGCGCCAACAUCUAUCAGCAAAUGUCCACCACGGGCGAGAUCUAUCCCAGCAACACGGCCGGCGCACGCUCUGUUUACUCCGAUCAAUAUUAUUAUCCAAAGGACAAGCAUAUGCACAUGCACAUCACCGAGAACAAGCUGAGCAAUUGCCACACCUAUGAGGCGGCCCCCAACACCCAUCAGCAGCAGCAGCAGCAGCAGCAACAGUUGACGGCGAGCGUGCGGCGGCAGCAGCUGCCACAUGGCUGCAGCAUUGGUCGGGACAGCGCUCGGUUCAAGGUGCCGGAUCAGACGCUGGGCAAGAGCCAUCAGCAGAACUUGCUGGAUCUGGAUGGCUCCUCGUUCUGCUACAACGGCCUGGCUGACUCCGGCUGCGGCGGCUCGCCCUCGCCCAUGGCCAUGCUGAUGUCGCACGAGGACGAUCAGGCGCUGUAUCAUACGGCCGACGGGGAUCUGGAUGACAUGGAGCGCCUCUAUGUGAAGGUCGACGACCAGCAGCAGCCGUCGCAGCAGCAGCAACAGUUGCUACCUCUGGUGCCGCAGCAGCAGCAGCCGCAGCAGCAACAUCUGCCCCAGCAGCUGCCACUCGACUCGCAAUCUUGGCGCGCACAGAGCACUCGCUCCAGCCGCAAGGCCCAUGUGGAGGAGCCCCUGGCCAAGGAGGCCGCCGAGCUGAUCUACGCCCCCGGCAGCGUGGCCAGCGAGCGCAGUUUGCUAAGCAACUCCGGCAGCGGCAGCAGCAGCCAGCAGCCCUGCCACAAUGUCUGACCCCUGGCCGCGGCCAGCAGCAGCCAGUCGGCGGCGCAGGUGCAGGAGCAGCUGCAUGCCAGGGAGGUGCGUGAGCUGCUCGCCUGGUGCGAACGCUUCAACAACGGCGGCGCCGAGAACUUUGAUUAAGCGCAGAAGUGAGCAAAGGGCGCAUACUGAGCGCACUGACUGUAGAAAAAGCAAAGAAAUAACGAGGAGUUCAUACCUUUUGGUUAGCUGAAAGAAUAAAGCGAAGGUAGAUAAUAGAAAUUAAAGGAGAAAAGUAAAAGUCGAUUGAGCUUUUGGCUUUAAAGCCGAAGAAUGAAGAGCUUCAAGUUGAGUUUUAAGUUUUGUUUGUUUGAUCAAACUAUGCCUUCUAUAUAAUGCAAUAAACUUUUUAGUGGAAAGCUUGAAUUUUUAAACGAUUAAGAGAAUGCUUGAAAUUCACUUGGCAAGAAUAUAUUUUAUAGUGAAAUUAUAAAAUUGCAUAGCCUUUCAGUUUUAAUUGAUAUUUGAAAAAAGACCUUGAAGACCUGCCUUGAAUACAUGUUCUUUGUAUUAGAAGCUUUAAUGAGCUUUCAGUGCGCAGACCUAAUAAUAUUUUGAGAUACUUUCAGGUCCCAUAAACGAUGGAGCUUUAGACUCAAAGCUCAAUACAAGAUUUCCUAAUGCUCAACAGCUUUUCUUCCUUUAUUUCUUUCCUAAAACUUUAUUCCAUUCAGUUAACCAACAUAUUUAAACUCAGACGCGACAGUUUACUACAAAAUUGAUUUGAUAUAUGAUUGAUAUGAAUAUUGUUACAACUAAUUUUCUUUAAUGUGACUAAGACUGAGAGCAUUUUCUGAGUUAAAGCUGAUAAUUUGAAAGGAAGUAAACAAGUUACUCUUAAAGGUUUCGUUCGAACUAACUAACUACUCAUACAUAAAGCUGACUUGCUAAGAAGUGCCAAUAUCUAUGCCUCUAUGCUAGUGAUAGACUAACUAACCCUCUCUCUCUCUCACACACUUUCUCUUCUACUAUAUCACUCUCUCACUAUAAUUGCUUUACACCCAAUUAGGCUUAGGUUUUAGUUGUAGAUGAUUGUAAAUGUUAUCGAAACGUAUGAUAAGUUCCUCCAAGUAUGCGGGCAGCUAAAGGCCGGCGCUUAAAUGAUGAUUAGUUAGAUUGUUACCUAACAGCUUAAUUACGAAUUACUAAAAUUAACAAACCAUAAAUUUAAUAAAUUAUGUAAAAUGUAAAUAGUUGAUUAAGCUAGAACAUAGACGAGUUUUCAAUUGAAUGUAUUCGCAUAUGCAAAUAGGACGACGAAUCAAAUUGUGCAUAUAGUAAUUAAAAAUCAAAUAAUUAUAGCAGAGCCCAUUUAUUUAGUUGUAGUACACAAACACAAGCACAUAUUACUUAUAAAUAUAAAUUUAUACAUACAAUACAUACAUACUAUAUACAUACAGACUUACUUAUGUAAUUAGUGCGUAAUUACCAGCAGGCAUAUAUAACAAAACUCCUUCAAUUUAAUGGCUAAACACGAUUUGUAAACCCCAUUAGAUAUGCAUUUACACACACACCAACACACAACAACAACACAAAUAAAUAAACAUAUAUAUUCAAGCAAAUAAUGUAUGAAGCAUAAAAUAUUAAGUACAUAUAUAUUGAUGUGUUUAUCGUAAAAUAUUCGUAUGUUGUUUAUCCAUUAGAAAAUACAGAAAUUCAAUGUAUGUCUAUGUGUAAUUAUUGAUAUUGAAUACGCGUAUUUACAAUGUAGCAAUUAAAAUGCAAAUAAAAAAUGCCAUAAUUAUGAAAUUCACAAAACAAG